CUGCCCUCCAAAUAGGGCCUCCACUUCCCACCAGCACACACUCAGCUCUGGUUCCUUGUUCCUGUAGAUACUACUGUUGGAGCUACUUCUCCCAGUUUAGCUCAGAAGAAUCCCACGUGGACAGAAAGCCCUGAGGCACUUGCUGGAUAGGUUGCUUGCCUUCCAGCUUGCCUUCCCACCUCCACUGACAACUGGGAACUCAUUCUGGAGUCUGCCUCCCUUUCUGAAUCUUUCCCACAAUGUCCUCCAAGAAGCUGGUGAACUCGGUGACAGGCUGUGCGGACGAUGCUCUGGCCGGGCUGGUGGCCUGCAACCCGGACCUCCAGAUUCUGCAGGGGCACCGAGUGGCCCUGCGUGCGGACCUGGAGAGCCUGAGGGGCCGCGUGGCCCUGCUCUCCGGAGGGGGCUCCGGCCAUGAGCCUGCCCACGCAGGUUUCAUAGGCAAAGGGAUGCUGACGGGGGUCAUCGCCGGCGCCGUGUUCACUUCCCCGGCGGUGGGCAGCAUCCUGGCCGCGAUACGGGCCGUGGCCCAGGCUGGCACAGCCGGAACGCUGCUCAUCGUGAAGAACUACACGGGGGAUCGGCUCAACUUCGGGCUGGCCCGCGAGCAGGCCCGGGCCGAGGGCAUCCCGGUGGAGAUGGUGGUCAUCGGCGAUGACAGCGCCUUUACCAGCCUCAAGAAGGCGGGCAGGCGGGGCCUCUGUGGCACCGUGCUGGUCCACAAGGUGGCGGGGGCUCUGGCCGAGGCUGGUGCGGGGCUCGAGGAGAUCGUCCAGAGAGUGAGUGCAGCCGCUGCCGCCAUGGGCACCCUGGGGGCCAGCUUGUCCUCCUGCAGCGUUCCGGGCUCCAAACCCACCUUCCAGCUUCCUGACGAUGAAAUGGAGCUGGGCUUGGGGAUCCACGGGGAGGCUGGCGUGCGGCGGAUGAAGAUGGCCACUGCCGCCGAGCUGGUGAAGACCAUGAUCGACCACAUGACGAACCCGUCCAAUGAGUCCCAUGUGCCAGUCCGGGCGGGCUCUUCGGUGGUCCUGGUCGUCAAUAACCUGGGUGGCCUGUCCUUCUUGGAGCUGGGCAUCAUGGCCGAUGCGGCAGUCCGCUGCCUGGAGGCCCGUGGUGUGAAGAUUGCCCGUGCCCUGGUGGGCACCUUCAUGUCAGCGCUGGAGAUGGCUGGCAUCUCCCUGACCCUCCUGCUGGUAGAUGAUGCCCUCCUUAAGCUGAUAGAUGCCGAAACCACAGCUCCUGCCUGGCCCCGGGUGGCCCGAGUCCCCGUGACAGGUCGGCCCCGGAGCAGGGCAGCCCCUGCCGAGACGCCGGAGGGCCCCGAGCCCGCUGCGACAGGAGGUGCGGCCUCCCAGCGGGCAGCUCUGAUCCUUCAGCGCGUGUGCGCCGCCCUCCUCGGCCUGGAGGAACACCUGAACGCUUUAGACCGGGCCGCUGGCGACGGCGACUGCGGCACCACCCACAGCAGAGCGGCCAAAGCCAUCCAGCAGUGGCUGAAGGAGCGCCCGCCGCCCAGCCGCCCUGACCAGUUACUCUCUGGCUUGUCUCGGCUCCUGCUGGAGAAGAUGGGAGGCUCGUCGGGGGCGCUUUAUGGCUUGUUCCUGACUGCGGCCGCCCAGCCCCUCAAGACCACCCCUGGCCUCCCAGCCUGGACCGCCGCCAUGGACGCCGGCCUGGAGGCCAUGCAGCGGUACGGGAAGGCCGCUCCCGGGGACAGGACCAUGCUGGACUCGCUGUGGGCCGCUGGCCAGGAGCUGCGGGCCCUGAAGACGCCGGGGGCCGACCUGCUGCAGGUGCUGGGCCGAGCCGUCCAGAGUGCUGAGGCCGCGGCGGAAGCCACCAAGAAGAUGGAAGCUGGUGCCGGGAGAGCCAGUUACAUCAGCUCGGCCAAGCUGGAACAGCCCGACCCAGGGGCCGUGGCUGCCGCCGCCGUGCUCCGGGCCAUCCUGGAGACAUUACAGAGCCAGGCCGUGUGACCCCCCCUCCAGCCGGCGCCUCGGCCACUGCCAUGCAGCCGCCGAGAGCUGCCCCUCCUCUGCCUCCUCUCGGCGCCAUUCCGCACGAUGCCCCUUUCUGGCCUGGAGAAGGUGUCCCUUUGGGGUGCGGAGGUCCCCUUGGCACAAUCAUGUUUUUAAAUGCCUAAAAGGCAUCCGAUUACAAAUUCAAUACAAGGACCAAAGUCAUCCUGUUCCCAGAUCUGAGGCUGAGGACUGCUCCAGAAGGCUCCAAGCCCUCCAGUCAUCCCAGCCCUGGCCAAGGCAAAGCCUGCUUUGGAGUUUUGGCCCUUCUGGCCUCCAGGACACAAGCAAGGCUCUGCUCCCCAUCAACCCUCUUGUUCCGGGGAGGGUGGAGCAGUCUGGCAGGCCCCCAGGCCCUCCAGAUGGCUAGCCAUGUGCCUCAGGGAGAAGACUCUCCUGUUCCUGUCAGGGCCCGUGUUUUUAAUGCUCUCUCCUGUGUGAGCCUUUUGUCAAUAAACUGGCAGAGGGUGAGACCUAAUAAAUCAUGUCCUAGCUGCA